AUACGAUAACAAACAUGGCGUGCUAGUACAGCGUUAAAUUCUUAUUUAUAGGUAAUUAAACUUUUUUACGAUUAAAUUGAGUAGUUUUAUAAUAAUGCGGCUAGCGUCUCUCGAUCGGAGGCUCGGCGUCGCGCGGCUGCGGUGCCGCUAGUGCGCGGCGGGAUGUGAGGCUGGCGGCGAUGCGGUGAGGCAGGGCUCGCGGCUGCGGGGCUAUGCACGCGGCGCCGGCGCGCUACGUGUCCGCCAGCGAGCUGUACUGCGCCGACGAAGUGGAGCUGCUGCUGGACGAGAUCCGCGAGCUGGAGCCCACGAGCUGCCGCGGCGAGGACGUGCAGGACUUCGAGAUCGCGGGCAGCGGCGGCGCGGGUGCGGGCGGCCGCUCGCCCGCCGGCACCGAGCUCACGGAGCGCUCGUGGGACUCGCACGCGCACUACUCGCGCGCGCCGCCGCCGCGCCCGCGCGCGCUCGCGCCCGUCUACUGCCGCGCCGGCUACUUGGUCACGCCGCAGGGCGCGCUCACCCUCCUGCUUGCGUUGUGCAGCGUGUGUGUGUGCGGGCUGGUGUGGGGCGCGACGGGGCUGCGCGCGGGCGCGGCGCGCGCGCUGCUGUUCGGCGCGCUCACGUCGCUCAUGCUGCACACGAUGCGCGCUGUGCUGCACGUCACGCGCCUCGACGCGCUGCUGCCGCUCGACUGGGACAAACUGGGCGGCGCGGCGUUCGUGUGGAGCGCGCUGUGGCUGGCGGGCGGCGCCGCGGCGCUGCUCGUGCGCAUGGGGCCCAUCGCCCGCCCGCCGGGGGAGCUGCUCUUCGCGGCCGCGAUGGUGGGACUGAGCGGCGCGCUGGCGGCGUGCGCGGGCGGCGCGCUGGCGACGCGCGCGGCGGUGGCGCACGCGCGGCGCACGCCGCACGAGCACGCGUACCGCGCGCUGCCCGCCGCGCCGCCCGCGCCCGCCGCGCCGCAGCCCUCCACCUCGCGCGACCACGCCUUAUAGUGACCCGCCUCCACCACCGACUUCUAAACACGUACCGGCCGCCCGACCGCUCCACGUGUCCGACGUAGCGUCGUAGCGUACCUUCGCAAGCGUGUAGAGGUGGCUCUCCACUAUGUGUGUGCUCUGACUGUCCCCAUUGUAGAUCAGUUCACGCUCUAUGCUCCGCGGCUGGCGGAUGUCCCGUGAACACCAAACAGUGUGUCUAGUAUCAGACUUUUGGUGCCGUAGACUUAAUUCACCUAGUUGAAAUAACCCAGGAUGAAUUAAAUCUACGGCAUGGAUGUUUCAUUCCACCGAGGAUGAUAGAAAAUGAGCAUUGAAAAUGAAAAUUACUUCAGCAUUAAAGUAAAAUGGACUUUAACUGUCUCGUUUUAAAGUUAAGUUCGUUCAUACAUCUCCAGCCAACACUCCAAGUGGAACCAUUGUGACGUUAAAAUAGAUAGUGCAGAAUUUUUCAUCUUGAAUCAAAGACAAAAAGAAUAUUGGUUCACUUGACUCUGACGUCAUUAUGUUUCCACGCUCCAAUUCUAUCAAAGUGGUGACACGUAAAAUGUAACUCUAUGCAUAUGCACACGCUCAGUGUGUGUUCGUAAAUGCAAGCAAACCAAUCCGUUUCAUCUUUUACAUCUUUUCUUUUAAAAUUCAAAUUCCUAAAACCAAGGAGGCAUUUUAUAGUCUUCCAUAGAAUAAAAUAAAAUGUUUGCCACACUAGCUAGCAGCUACUAAGUCUGGUGACGUCAUAUUCGCUCAACGUUCUUAUGAAAACUGUGGGGCAUGAGUGGAUUUUGUGGAUAUGCGUAUCUCAUCUCCACUUGAGCAGUUGCUGUUGUGCAGAGCACAGUGGGAACACAAACAUAGUGGAUACCCAACUUAACUCAUUGGCUCGCUGUACAAGCAAAACUACCAAUUGCUAACAAAAGUUCAUUAAACAACUAACAGAGUUUUAACUUGUAACAGCUCACAUCCACUUAGAUGUUAUUUCUUUUUUGAUGCAAUUUAAAUUACAAAACAUGCACUACAGUUGUAUCAGCUGUCUCUGUUACUUUUUGUGUGUGAUUGUUGGUGUUGCUGGUACAGAAGUGGAUCCUGUAAGCGAAUGACGAUUAUAUUUAAGCACUGCGUCACCAAAUCUCCAUCCUGUCGAGUUUGAAUGAAGUGGGUUUGCAUUUAAGAUACAUGAUGAGGGCAGAAAACGUUAUUUUAAUAUAAAACUAAAACUUCAUGACUAUGUGCCAGUAUUGAGCAUAAUGUUCAAAGUAGUGUAGCACGAAAAAUUUAAAUCAGUUGAAAAUUUAUUAUACAUCAUUUUGUAGCAAUAUUAAAAAGAAAAAGACUUAUUAUUGCUAUUUACAAUAGACUAAGCACUUAAGCAGCUUUCGCUGGUGCGUCUAUAUCAGAAGUGCUUCGAGUUUUCCAAAUGUUUAUCUAAUCUAUUCUUGAACUGGUUAACAGAGCUUGAACCACAUGCUUGGGCAAUUUAUUCCAUAUAUGAACAACUCUUGUGGUCAGAAAGAAGUAUUUUAAGGCAAAAGAUGACAUGACAAAAGUAGAGACAUUGAAUAAGUUAGCACUAUUGGAUUGAACUCGCAUAAACAUAAUCGUCAUUCAAUGAACAGCUUGACUGGAAACACCUGUAACACUGAACACUACUCCAACUUGUGUGGUGUUUGUCGCGCCUCUUUGCUCCUACAAUUUGCUGCAAUCCACACACGCAGCGUGGCGUGACUUGAAUUGUGCCAAGUCACACAUUGAAAACAAAAGUGGCACUAUACAAAAUCAGCAAUUUUGAGUUACUUUUAAACCAAAUGUGUUAGAAAAAGAGUUUUGUACUAUAUUCAAUAAUUUUUAUACUUUUCUAGAUGACACUAGUGUCACUUUAUGUUUAUCGUAGUUAAUAAUAUAAUCAAUCUAUCUGUAAUCUAUUGAUAAAUUACGGAGGAACAUUGUUAUUUGUCGCAAAGACCAUAUAAUUCUAAUCCUAAUAUAUAAAACACGAAAAUGUUUUCAAUGUCAGUUGUAGAUUUUGAAACCAUCCAUCCGAUGUGCCCCAACUGGUUUCAUUAGAAAGGCAACAAUGCGAAUAUGGUUUUAGACCACUAAAGUAAUGCAUGAGGCACAUUCUUUUUUUAGCGUAGUAGCACAUGCAGUUUUUGAUAAACAACAACAUUGCUAAGUAACUUAUCAACAGAUUACAGAUAAGAUUGAACGUUAUUAUUGGCUGUUAAGCUUGGUUGCUAAACACUAAAGUUUAAAUUGCAAUACUGUACCCUUAAUAUGAGAUUUUACUUAACACCAACGUUGAUAGUAUUUGAGAGUGGAAACACUUUAGCGUUAAAGUAAAAUGGCUCUUAACAGCCUUGUUUUAACGCUCAAGUUUGCACAUAUAUUUACAGCCAGCUCCAAACAAAAAGUUAAAUUAAAAUCAAUGGUACUGAAUUUUUAACUUUAAAUCAAUGACCUUUAGGUCUUUUUUACUUUACGUUAUUUUGUUUCGACUCUCGAAUACUGUGAAAAUUGGUGAGUAGUAAAAUUUCAUACUGAGGGUAUUGAAUCUUAAUUUUUAGCCAGGUUCAGUUUCGUUUUCAAUGUGCGAAGUGUGUUUCCAGCACUAUUUUGUAGCGACGCGGACGUUUGAUAUCCUUAAUAUAUCAGGAAGGAGUUGGUAUGUGAACAGACAAUAAACUUGCGCAGUGAACUGUGCGUGCCGUGUGCCGUGUGACGCUGACUGUGACGUGUGCGGAGAGUUUUGUUAUAAAACUAUUUCCAUGGAUCCCCAAUUUUUGUACCCGAUUUGACUAGUGAUGUGCUUUUUUAACUGUGUAUCUUAAGAUAUCUGAGGAGGGAUGUGUUAACAUAAAUCUAAAAUCCCAUAUAAAAGACCUUCAUCCAUUUGAUAGUCAAAUAUAUAUAUUUAAGGGAAUGUAAAGUGUAAAAAUAAAGAUUUUUUCAUAUAGUAUAUUUCUCAAUAAAUGGACAUACUUGAUGGGGUGCUUUGAAUUGGAACAAAAUCAAUGUAAUUUUGUAUGUUACACCUCUUCCAAAGUAAUUGUAUAUAUUCAUUUCAGUGAUGAAAUAUACUAUCGCUAGUUUAUACAAGACAUCACAUGUAUUAACUAGCGAUUAAUAAAAAAGACUUUCCAUCAGGUUAACAAAUGGGUCUAGGUGUAUGUUGUUUGGGAUCUUGAAGUAAUUUGUAUGCAUAUUUUGCACAGCUAUUUAACUAAAACUGCAGGUUUACUGCUUAAGGUGACCCUUUCCCGUUGGAAAACAUCAAGGUGUUAAAAUGUUCUUAGCUAGGACCUUUAGCACAAAUAAAGGCUAAAAUCCAAAAACCUUGAAUUUGUGGUUACAUUAAAAAAAAACAUUUAAAAUGGUGUCAAGAAAAAUUAAUUUAUCAAACCUCAUUAACUCGCAGUGAUCUAGAUAAAAGUAUUAGGUACAUAUUAUAUCUUGUACGAUGGUACGGAACCGUUUGUGUGCGAGUCUGACUCGCACUUGACUGGGUUUUUAUUUUUAAAAGGUUUUACGUUAUUUUUUGAAAAACCAAUCAACAUUUUUAAACAAACUAAAGAAACAUCAAUUGAUAGUAGAUCUUUGGAAUGGAACUUUUUAAGAGUAAACCUGUAGGCACCUAUCGAAUUUGCUACAGAUUGGCACAAAAAUACCAAGUCUUCUGAAGCGAGAAUUUUCGACUUGUCUAGUUGCAUUGAGGUCUUGAUUCUUAUAGAAUGAUUAUAUAUUGAACAGAAUUGAUUUGUCUAUGAGCUUCUGUAGAUUACAAAUUUUUGAUCGGAUCGAUUGUGAAACUUUUCACUUCUUGAAAAUGUAUUUUCAUAGCUAAAACUUUUUCUUACUACUGAUGGGCAGUACAAAGUUUGGCUAUUUAUUAUCAUUGGCUUUGCCUGUACACUGUACAUGUAAUGAAAGGACUCAAUGGUACUGUUUCUGAUUGUAGCUACAUUUUAGAGAAUUCACAUCUUUUUCUUACAUUUAUGAGAAGAGGAUCGAUAAACUUAAUUUAAAACUGUAAAACCCCCCUGACUUUAGGUGUCAGUCUUAAGCAUAGUUUUAAGUUUGUAUAGAGUAGCACUAAAAUUUUGAUUAUUUAAUUUAAAAUUAAUUUUCCAUCCUUAUUUUGCAAUAUUAAAAAGAAAAAGAUGCAGAUAUUCCAAGUUUAGUAUAGCAAAAGACACCAGAAACAGCACCAUUCGAAAUUAUUUUGGCAAUGCUACAGAAAGUAGUACUCGCUCAGUGGUAUAAAUAGUUUGUAUUGAUUAGUCUUCACUAUCAGACGAUCAAAAGUGUGUGGUUUGCGAUGGUCCGGACUUAGAUCUAUACAACACACUUUGACUUUGCUCAGACUCAAGUUUCAGUUAAAAUGAGAUAGGCAAGCUACCAUGAGGGCAAGCUGCAUCAUCGCUUGCAGAUAAUGCUUGGCUGCUGAUUGCAGCCAAGCAUUAGUCUGUAAAUUAAAAACAAAAAAAGACAGAUUUAUGGCAGCAAUAUAACGCUGUCUCCUUUUAACAGUAUCUGAAGUGUGAGCAAAGCCACAGUUGUAUAGAUUUCGGGCUUAGUGUUUAUGUUUAGAUAUGUGUAAUGAUUAGGAUCAGUGCGCACUGAGAGUUAUAUUUUCGUUAGCUGUAUGUAAAUUGUAAGGACAAGGGUUUAGUUGAGGACAUUUCCGUGAGUGUUGAGUGGCGGAGCUGAGGUUAGUAGUGGUCGGAAGAUUGUCUUAUACUGCCAUUAGAGUUCGCCUGAAUUCACGUCCAUUUUGUGUUUAUUCUAUUCUAGUCUAUUGAUCUGUAACAGCAGUCGAGCAAAAUAGAUGUGAAACUUCUAAAAAGUUUUUUUUGUGCACACACUCAAGAAACAAAUAGCAUAGUAAAGCAUAUAGCAUUAUGCUGAGUGGGGACCUUUUUUCGGGUUGUCACACUUGACAAAGUUUUUUUCGACGCUUCUGCUUGAGGCCUUCUGGCCUUAAUGCUCAAGUAUUAGAGGUGUGCGGAUAACUAACCCUUAGGUAUAUGCUUGGUGAUGUGUGGUACAAUUUAUUUUUGGUAUUUAUUUAUUUACUAGAGUUGGCUGAGAUGGAAUUGUUUAGCAUUUCACAAUUACUCUGUCACACUUUCUUCCCGUUUACCUAAUGUUUUGAUGUCUGAAGAUCAAUAUUCAGCUUCUAUUUGAUUGAAGAAUCUCUAACAUUUCAGUAAUCAUUAAAAAGUGGUGAAAUGUCGGCAAUAUUUUCCAAAGUGGGUCGGUUCCAUUAAACACUGACAAUAUUUACAAAAAAUAUUUGUUGCGCUAUGAUGCAUGUAAUAGCUCAUCUGUUUUGCUCGCCUGUCGUAUUAUUCACGAGCAUCGUAAUGUAUAGAUUUUAUUGUUUCCUCAAGUCUGAUUUUGAUGCUAGUCCAUUUAGUGUAUAAGUUGUAAGUUUGUUUGUAUGGAGUAUUUGUAUGGAGCAGCAUUCCUUGGUAGUUUUUGCACAAACGUUAGAUUAAUUAUUAUUAUUACGUGUGCGAUGUUGGGCGUCUCUUUCACUCUUAUUACGGUGUUAUAGUCGUCGCUGACUUGCGCCGCUCUCGGUCUCUGGUUCCCCACGAUAGCGGUGCGGACAUAGCCCGCAGCGUCGCCAUCUUGACUUGAAUGACGUCAUUCAAGCGGUCCUUAUGUGACCGCACCGAUACCCUACAAAACCAGAGCUUAACAUACAGCAUCAGAUUAUCAAUUUAAUGUGGGCUUAUCGUGUUCCGGAGAUUGAUAUUGUUGGACAAAUUCAAUAGAUUAAGAUUUCCCGUAUCUGAUAUAUUUUAUCAAUCUGUGAUGGCACUAUAUGGCAAUGUAUCUACAGUACACGAAUUGCAGUCCACAUUUGAAUGCUGAGCGGAGCGUCUGUCAGCGCCGACCUUUAUGUUGUCACAAAGAUGUUGUGUUAUUCCCUGAUGCCAGUUUUACUAUUGUAUACAAGUAAGGUAUGGAUUAUACAGUAUACAUACAUACGUGAAGGGUAAUUUUUUCUUAUUAAAAGUACGAUCGAUCUGAUUUGACAGUGACGGUCGGCCAUCUUUGUAUUUUUAACCGACUUCCAAAAAGGAGGAGGUUCUCAAUUCGUCGGAAUCUUUUUAGAUUUAUUCGUUCUAACUCCGCACGGACGGGCUUGCCUAUGCUGUGAUUUUAUCUCUAUAUACAUACAACUUUCACACUCAUAAAGUGCACAAACGAAAGGAUGUGAAAUUAGGCUCAAAUUUAUCGUUAAAAAAAUAAUGAAAAUAAUUAAAAAUACUUUCUUUUUUGUAAAGAUUUUUUUAUUUUUCUAUAAGGUUAUUUACUCUAUGUUUUUAUCAUGGUUUCAUUGUCAGUUCGCUGUACCAAGGUCCUUUGGCGGCGGUCAGUGCGCAGUCAGUUAAGGAUAAAGAGGUUAUAGUCGAUCCGGCCGUCAUGCCAAAAUAGAUGUAUUGUAUUUUGUUAUAAGGAUUCUGUAGACGAAAUAAUUAUAUUGCAGUAUAUAUUAUGCCUAUGUUAUGUAAUAUAGACUGGGUUUUUUAAGUCAAAGUUAUAUAUCGAUUUAAGCGUUGCACCUUUAUUUUUUAUUUUGUUAUUAACGUUUAUCCAGUUGUACAUGAAUGAAACUAAAUUGACGGGUGAAAAAUAGUGCCGUCCUUUUCAAUCCGUUCCCUGCAGAGAAGGACAGCAUGAUUUUUGUUUUGUCAGUGUAGUUUGUAAUAGUUAUGUAUAAACUAACAACCACCACUAAUGUAACAAGUUUUUUGUUUUUAACAUUAACUUUUGACCCUCAACCUACCCUUUCCAUGCCUUCUUCCUCAUGUGAGUUUGCCUUUAAAAACUCUAAAUUUAGUUAAAUUAAUGAUCCUUUCCUCUCCUGCACGACUCUAAGAGCAACUUCAUAUUAUGAGAACUUCUUUGACAUUUUAAGGAUUUGAUUCCCUUCUGGAUCAAUUUGGUCUGGUAAGAUGUGUCUGUGGUUAAUAAUAAUCAUUGUACUAGCGAAACUACUGCGAAGCAGUAAUAGAUUGUGGAUAUAAAUAAUCUAAAUAAGUAUAUAAAGAGAAGAGCUGACUACUGACUGACUGACUGAUCUGUCAAAGCACAGCUCGAAUUACUGGACGCACUGGAAGUUCUAAUAAUAUAGAGGAGCACUCAACAUCCUAAUGAUUUAGGUUUGACUUAACAAAAUUCACGUCGUUGUAUAAUAUUGUAUGCGGAAUU